AUGGCCACGAAGGAACAGGCAACAGAGCAAAAGAUGAAGCUCAUGAUCACCGGGCAACAGUGGAAGGGGCAGGAGAAGGGAAGGAGCCCCUUCCACGAAAAAGGAAAAGGAAAGGGCAAGGAAAAGGGGAAGAAAGGAAAGGGGCGGAAACCAGUAGGAUCUACCCCCGCGGGGGAGGUUGUGAAAGACACACCGGAAGAAGUGGUCGACGAGCUCAUGGACAUCCUGGACGGGUGUCCUAUCAACCUGCAGGAGGUGGACAUUGAACCAUGUGAGUCCAUCAGAGAGUGGACGAUGACAGUCCGUGAGGUUUUCAAGCAAGGUACAACCUUUGAAGAUCUGGGGCGUCACAUCUAUGCGAUCAUGAUCAUGAGUCCAACCCCGCUGGGAAAUUUCGUUCGUUCCUAUUGCAUGGCUGCACAGCCCUCCACCUCACCUCAACAGCACCGGGGAACCUCAGGUGAUCUUCUGCCAAUUCCUCCGUGGAGUGUCACCGUGGACAUUCCGGGUGUUUCGGAGGAGAACCUAAUGUGGGUCCAAACUAUUCUAUGUGUGAUCAAUUUCCAUUAUUGUGUCGGCUGGGGCAAGCCGGUGUGUAUCCCAAUUUCAGAGGAGCUGUCAGGGCUACAAAUCACAGCCGUCGAAAAACUGGGAAAAGUGGUGACGAGCAACAUCAUCUCGGGAACACCACUGAAGACACUAGGGGAGAGCGAGAAGCUCCUGAACUCAAAGAAAUAUGAUUACUCGGGUAACCCGAUUGAGUACAUGGACCUUGAGUGUGAAAGGGUCCUAUCAGCCUGGCCGCGGCCAGGACAAGCUGGGGUCCAGCCAAUAGAGGCCUUCCUCAAGGAGGAAACAAGGAAAGCUCUGAAGGAGCCAUCGAAGUUGCUUCUGCCACCGGACAAAAUGCCGGAGCAAGGGCUGAGAUCACGCGUGCGCGCGAGUGACAAGGAGUGGUUCAAGUUGGUAUAUGCAGCACAUCAAAGGGGUAUGAUGAAGCCUGUUGAUGACAAUCUUGUCCCGCGGGACCGUCAAGGGCACCUCAUCACCAACGGAGCAGGUGGGGUCUACAAGGAGAAGAUCAUCGAUGGGAAAGAUACGCUUCCAUACAUCGGCCAGCUGACAGGGAUCCUUUUGGAAGAAGACGAGGGGCUUUACCUGGACAGUGAGGACCUGCAAUCGGCCUUCAACUUGUUCGCGAUGCCUGACUGCUGGCUACCGUACCUGGCAUACAGUAAGAAGUUUGACUCAGCUGCCUUUGGACUUCCGCCUGGCACCCUAAUGCGCCCUGCACUAAGUGUGGUGCCCAUGGGGUGGCACUCGGCAGUGGCGCUGGUACAAGAAGCCGUCAGAAACGUCGUGUUUGAAAAGGCAAGGAUCCCCAGGCAAUACUCCAUUGAGAAGCGAAGGCGGCUGCCCGAGGAAAAGAUCUUUACAAUUGUCUAUUUGGACAAUUUUGACGAGAUCCACGUAGUCAAAUCGCUCGACUUGGAGCUGCAGCAGGAGGGUGGUGAAUUGUCGCCCCAUCACUCACAGUUCAUUGCGGCGUGCGAUGAGGCUGGACUCCCGCGAAAUUUGGGGAAGCAGCUCAUCCAUGCCUUCGCUGGAGGCCUGCAAGGCGGUGAACUUGAUGGAACAAGAGGAGUGCUUAAGCUGGCGGCGGACAAGCUGCGCUGCUACAUUGAGCUGAGCCUGGCCCUCCUGUCACGCACGAGGUGGUCGGAGUUCUACUUGAGGCAUUGGACCGGGAAGACUGCUUUCCUGGCCACCUUCAAGCGAUCGAUGUUCUCAGGCAUUGCCAAUAUCUUCACUGCCAUCGAACUGUCACGAAAGGGACCAAUCAACCCGACGCCUGAGGUGAUUGAUGAGAUCAUGUGUUUGAUGAUUCAGGCCCCAUUGGCUGAGGUCAACCUCAAGGCAGUUAUCUCUCCGGAGAUCAGCUGCACAGAUGCGUCGCCCACAGGCGGGGGGAGUGCUAUCGCAACAACCUUCAAGGACGGACCCGAACCUCAUGGACCAUUGGCCUUUUUUGAUGGACGGUGUCAGAGUUGUGGGCAUGAUUUUUCUGCAAACAUCCCAACCAAGUCUGAAGGUCGCAAGCAAUAUCCAUGCUCGGUCAGUUGUGGAGCAAUCCUGUGUUCCGUUCGCUGUUCAAUUCAGCAUCGCAAAGCCGGGUGCGCCCGCGAUAUGUUCGCCUGCCCUUUGUUUGGUGAGCGUUUCAGCGGCCCCAACUAUCCCCUAACCAAGGCUGUGGCCCUUGCUGGCAUCGGUGUGCAACCGCCAUUGGACAUCUUGGUCGAUGAUGAUCCUUGGGACUUCUCAACAGCCGAAGGUAAACAACGUUGGGAUGAAUAUGAGGUUGAGCCAGGGUUGCUUAGUGAGCAUUUUGCUCCCGAAUGCAAGACCUUUUCGGCGGCGCGUGGAAGGCCUGCCAUCACCACUACAGGGCGAUGGAUUGCUGGUCCCAGAGCACUCCGAAGUGAUCUGAAGCCCUGGGGCCUUGACCAUCUCAGCCCCCAGGAGCAAGUGAAAGUGCGGAGGGGGAACUCGAUGGCCAAGAGGUCGUUGAGAGGGCUGAAAGCCGCCUUUGACGGUGACAGGUUUGGAGUUUUGGAGCACCCCUACAGUUCCCACUUAUGGUCUACACCUGAAGCCAUUGAGCUCGCGGAGCGUGAAGAUGUGUACCACACUUAUUUUUCAGCUUGCUGCUUCGGCGGGGCACGUACGAAAUGGACCAGCCUGCUCCAUAAUGUUGCAGAGUUGCAUGAUGAGUUGCACAAGCCAACUUGCCCGGGACAUGCAGACCUGCUACCCUAUGAGAUUCAUGAUGAAGAGGGCGGUCUUCGUUUCGAUACUGAGGCUGAAGCCGAGUACACUUGGGGCCUGUGCACAGCAUACGCCUGCGGCCUGAAACGAGCCAUGCAGCGUCGAACGAGUGUGCCGUUUGGCCUGUGCCCAUGGGAUGGGCGCGCUGCUAUCCUUGCGGCGUUGCAAAGAUCAACCAGGGGAUUGCAGCGAAAUGAAGUUGCUGAAAGUGCAACAACUGAGGUGAUGCGAGUCCUGAGGACAAUGCGCCCAGGUAGCACCUCAGGACCAUGCUUCGAGAGGUUUGCAUUCGUGGGACCCGAGGUCCGGUUCGAAGCAGUGCCAGAAGAUGGAUCCACCACCAUCUUGGCACCAUAUCCAGCCUUCAGAUGGCAAUGGAAGACAAAACUGUCCUACCCGUGGAAACAUCCACAGCACAUUAAUGUGCUUGAAGUGUCGGCAUUCCUGGUGGAGUUUCGCCGACGAGUGCGAGACCUGGCUGCCUUAGGCACCCGCUUUUUCAACAUCACCGACAGCCAGGUCGGGUUUUUCACCAUGUCCAAAGGUUGGAGCAAGGCCCCUCGCUUGAACCGACUUCUUCGCCGCAUCAAUGCGGUGAUUUUGAUGAGCCAAGCAAUGCCGAUCCACUUAUGGACUAUCUCGAAAUGGAACUUCGCUGACGCGCCAAGUCGGCGCUUUGAGUGA